AUGUCCUCUACUCCAGCAGUGAAACAAUACAAAGCUCUAGGCGAAGAAGUUUGGAAGUCCAAAGUAGAUAAGAUUAAUGCUGAGCUCUUUACUCUAACAUAUGGUUCCAUGGUGGUUCAAUUAGUCAAGGAUUUCGAGGAUUAUGGAGAAGUCAAUAAGCAGCUGGAAAAGAUGGGUUACAACAUUGGUCAGCGUAUGAUUGAGGAUUUCUUGGCCAGAUCUGGCAUUGGUCGUUGCUCAGAGUUCAGAGACACAGCAGAGGCCGUCUCCAAGGUGGGAUUCAAGAUGUUUCUCAAUAUUUCGCCCACAGUGACGAAUUGGUCAAGCGAUAAUAAAGAGUUCUCGCUUGUGUUUGAUGAGAAUCCAUUGACUGAUUUCGUCGAACUACCUGAUGAAGCAUUAGAAGGUGAAUUAUGGUACUCCAAUGUGUAUUGUGGUGUAUUGCGUGGUGCCCUGGAGAUGGUUCAAAUGCAAGUAGAGACUCACUUUGUAAGUGAUACACUUCGCGGUGAUGAUGUAACUGAAAUGAGAAUCAAGUUGGUUCGUUAUUUGGAAGAAGAAGUACCUGUUGGCGAAGAUUAA